AUGCCUCGUCCUAGAAGACCUGGUGCACCGGAACCAAAACGUCGAAGCCGUAAAGGAUGUUGGCCAUGCAAGGCACGCAAAGUAAAAUGUGGCGAGGAGAAACCAGCAUGUCUUAAUUGCCAGCGACAAGGCGACCCUUGCGACUAUAGCGUCCGUCUGAACUGGGGAGGAAGGACGAAACGCACAUCAAUUGACUCACCGAAUUCGCAAUCUAGUGGGUAUGGAGGAGCUGUAAUUGGAUUUUCGGACUCAUUUGCCAUCAACAACCUGAGCCCGAUUUCGUUCCCCACUCCAACAAGUAGCAACCCUGCAGAUGGAUUUCACAACACCCAUGCCGGGGAAUUGACGUCGCCGGGAGCAGUAUCUCCGAGUUCACCAGCACCAGUGGGGCUUUUUGAAUCCCCUAGUCUUGGUUCAGGCUCUGAAGGAGUGACAUCGCCGGGUCAAUUAGAGACUCAGUUUUCCUCAACCUGGGUGGAACAAUCUCCUCCAUUGACGACAUCAGUAUCCUCGGCGCCUUCGUUGCAAUAUCAAUUUGGACAACAGAGAUUUGAUAACUCGUCAUAUAUGGGUUCGGUCGAUCAGCCAUCCAGUCUCAGCUCACUCUCUGCCUUUGCAUUCCAUACAAACCCCGUGUCGCAGCCAGUCUCGUACCUGCGCCAUUCUGUAGAUACUUCCAAUCACUCCUCGGAUCAACCUAUCUUUCACUCUCGUGAUGAAGGGCAUCUCUCUCGAGGGUCGCAUGACGACCAGAGUAUACAUCUUGGCGCUGGGUCUAGGAUAGGGCAAAACAGAUCCUCAAACAGCCCGCAGGAAACUGGCGGCCUGUCCUCCAUGAUUUUCGAUUCACACAGAGCCUCGACUGCUGAAAAUGAUACAACCUCGUCUCCGAGGCCCUGCGAAACAAGCAAAAACAUUGACCCUGUACAUGACUAUCACAAUGAAUUGUCUCCCGAUCGUCAGGGAUUGGCAGAGAGCAAUAAUGAAGCUGAUCAAAUAUCUCACGAGACUUCAAUGGCCCAGAACAAAUGGCAGACAUAUCUGAAUAAUGUGACCGACAAUUAUGGAUUGGACUCCGGGCGCCUUGAUCAGGAUUUGACUUUCAACAACGAUCAUGCUGCCAUAGAUAUCAAUUAUGCGUUGGAUUUGAUCGGUUCUCGGUGGUGCAACGAGGAACACUCGCAUUUGAAAGCCUCUCAACCUGGCCCCGAACCACAGGUCCAGUUUUGUAGUGGUUAUUACGCUUCCCCAGUGCCCAUCAAUGUCCCGAGGUACUUAUCUCCGCUUCCGUCAUCGCUGCUGGAGAACCCCAUCAAUUUGAUGUACUUCCAUCAUUUCCUAAAUCACACUGCUCGGAUGCUUGUCCCGCACAACUGCGAUAAUAAUCCGUUUAUCUCGGUUUUACCAUCAAUGGCAAUUGGUGAUUCCAAUCUCCUCAAUUUACUGCUUGCGUACUCUGCUAGUCAUCGUGCUCGAUACCUAGGCCAUCCCGAGCCCGCCAAUCGAAUCGCUCAUUGGGUUAGCCAGGUUUUCCCAACCUUGCGUAUGGCAUUGGAGUCAUCUAACGAAGACAUCACCGAUAGCCACCUGGCCACGGCCAUUAUGCUGUUGUCAUUGAAGAUUGUUUCUCCGGGGACAUUUGAAGUACCAGUCACCUGGAAGACUCACCUCAAACUCGCUCGCGAUUUAUUCCUUGCACGGAGCGAGAGCAUGGCAAAGCCUGGGAACAGGAUUGGGGCACUCUUCGCCCGUUGGCUGGGCUAUCUCGACACGAUGGGAUCUUUAUCAUGUCGUGAAGCCGGCCCUCCACUAAUGAUAUACAACUCCGUCCUAACAGUUUGCUCUGCCCCCGACGGUCAUGAUGACUUCGGUGUUGACUGCUUUACGGGGUUCACCCCCCGCACCGGAGUAUUUCUGCUCCGUCUCGCUCGGCUGGUGCAGCAAUGUGACAAUCAACGCUUCGACGAAAUGGGUAAUUUUAGACAUGAUUGGCAUGCAUCUGCGGAAAUGGUCCUGGAAGCGCAAUCCGUACUCGGUGAUAUCGACGGGAUCGACGAGCGUCCUCAUACUAGCCCGGAACACCAUCAUGGCGUCGAGUCUGCGGACAUGAUAGCCAUCGAGGAAGCCUUCCGGUCUGCCGGUCUCCUGCAUCUCCAUCGGCGUGUGCUUGGGUCUCCACCUGACUCGUUUCCCGUCCAGGAUAUCUUGCGCAAGCUCAUUGAUGCCCUCGGACGCAUGCGUCCUGGUGCAGCCACCGAGGUCUGCUCCUUGUUCCCGCUCUUCACAGCCGGUUGUGAAUCCGGAGAUUUAGUUCAAAGGGCUAAGCUUUUAGACCGGUUCUUUGUAUUGGAGAGCUCAGGCAUGAAACAGAUUCAAAAUGCACGUCAAUUAAUGCAACACUGCUGGGAUAAAGAACUGCCUUGGAUUGCCCUGGCUAGUGGUCAGUUCCUAGGUUAG